UGCUCUCCGCGCGCUGCGCAUGCGCACUGCCACUGUCCGCGCUCGUGCGGGGCCCGUGACGAUCCAGCGGGAGUGUUAGCUGUGUAAUGGCGGCUUCGGUGUUGCUCUCCGCGGAAAGCGCCGUGCCUUUGUUUACCGUCGGCCACCCCGCCGGAGCUGCGGCGGCGGGAGCUGCUCAUCACGGAUUACCCAGUGCUCCCGGAGCCGCGUCCUGGAGCCGCUCGCUGGACCGGGCGCUGGACGAGGCGGCGGCCACCGGAGCGCUCACCCUCAGCGGCAGGAAGCUGAAGGAGUUCCCGCGGAUCGCCGCCGGACACGACCUAACCGACACCACACGCGCCGAUCUAUCACGAAACAGACUGACAGAGCUGCCGGUGGAGGUGUGCAUGUUUGUGUCGCUGGAGAGUUUGAACCUGUACCAGAACUGCCUGCGCUCACUACCAGAGCGUCUGAUAAACCUACAGUCCCUCACCUACCUAAACAUCAGUCGGAACCAGUUGUCCACUCUUCCCGCUCAUCUGUGCCGUCUGCCGCUCAAAGUUCUGAUCGCCUGCAAUAACAAGCUGGUAUCGCUGCCGGAGGAUCUGGGCAAACUCAGACAGCUCACCGAACUGGACGUCAGCUGUAAUGAGAUCCAGACGCUUCCUCCACAGAUCGGUCAGCUGGAAGCUCUGCGCGACCUCAACAUCCGCAGAAACCACCUCGUUCGCCUGCCUCCUGAGUUGGCCGAGCUGCCGUUGGUCCGGCUUGAUUUUUCCUGUAACAAGGUAACGACAAUCCCAGUAUGCUACCGCAAUCUCAGACACCUCCAGAGCAUCAUUCUGGACAACAAUCCUCUCCAGAGCCCACCUGCACAGAUCUGUAUAAAGGGAAAGAUCCAUAUAUUUAAAUAUCUGAACAUGGAGGCAUGUAAAGCAGCAUCAGACCUUCCAGACUACGACAGAAGGCCACUGCCUUUCGGAUCCUGUGCAGAGGAUUUGUAUUCUGGCCGGACGUACGGAGCUCUGGACUCUGGCUUUAACAGUGUGGACAGCGGAGACAAGAGGUGGUCUGGAAAUGAGCCUUCAGACGAGUUGUCAGACUUGCCUUUAAGAGUGGCGGAAAUCACCAGAGAGCAAAGACAGAGACGAGAUCGAGAAAGAGAACGUGAGGAUCAUCGGAUGGGGUCUCACGUAACCAAUGGCGCAUUGGAAGCAGAGCUUGAACAGAUAGACUUCAUUGAUAGCUGUACGGGGGAUGAUGAUGAAGAGGAUGGGCGGAGCCGUAAAGGGGCGGAGCCUGUCAACCUCAGCUCACAGUUUAUGGCCUACAUUGAAAGACGAAUCACUAGAGAGGGGUCACCCGUGAAGACCAGCCCAUCCAGAGACUUAAGAACUGAUGAUCCAAGACGCCAAAUCUCCUUACAUAACCGUGGUGGCUCAGAUACAGCGGUCACAUCUUCAUACGCUCAUAAUCAGCGUUCUGGUGGCGGUGUGGAGAGAGUGAGACGGGAAGCUCAGCUGGCGGCUCUGCGGUACGAGGAGGAGAGACAGAAAACAAGAUCAGUGCAAAGAGACGCCGUUAUGAAUUACGUCAAGCACAAGUCGUCUCCAAGCCCUACGAAGCCCAGUCCGACAGACAGUGAGAGUCUGUACCCCUCCAGACGGUCCACUCACACCGAUGACUCCGCCCUCUUCAUGAGUGAGUUUGAGCCCCUACUGAUAUUUGAGAUAGACACAGAUACCAACACUAUAAAGAAGAGGCCAGACCCUCACAAACAGUCUCUCUCUGCUGUGCCGCUGGAUGGACGUGUGUCUCCCACUUUAUCCGUGGCCUUCUCCUGUACGCCACAGCAAGGAGAAGAUUAUGGCUCGCUGUCUCCCACCGGCCUCCAGUCCCCAUCUCCCUCCCGUGGCCCCAGCCAGAGACCUGAGAGUUACCUCUUCUGCCUCAGUCAGCGAGAGGAGAAGAAAAAAGGUUUGUUUAUCUGA